UUUAUUUCACUUUGGCUCCCUCUCUUGGUCACUGAGCUCUCCUACACCUCUUAACCAAUACCUCGCCCGUUACAGCAGGGCUGUUCGUCACACCUGGGCUGGAUUUCCAUUCGUUACCUCAGGAUUCCGACACCUCAAACGAACAGUGCGAGCAGUAGUCAUCAAGCAGGAGCCAAGUAGGAGCAUAGACCGGUCUCACAGUGCCUUCAUCCCUGAAUCAACACCGGUGUCGCUCAUGACGCCAAUAAGGGGUCUGCCACUUUUAUGUACCAGGCACAUGCUGAAUGGUAAAUGGUUGAUAUGGUCACUAGCUCUGACUACCACCCCGCGCCCAGUCAGGACCGAGCUCUGAUCCACACCUCACGCCGACACCUUUGUGAAAGGGUCUAUUUAGGCCCAUCGAGACAGCUGAGCAUCUUCAGAGCCACUCAAGUCCACUUCGACAGUUGAUCACGUUGCAAUCACAACCUGUUAAUUUGUUAUAUGUGGCUGACUCAUAGGCUGACUCAUAUUAUUAUAUAAAUGAAUAAUCAGAAAAGCAUCAAGUGUUAGAACAAUUGUAAGACAUUAUUCCACCAAAGAAAAAUGCUACUAUGAGAAAGAAAUUGUCUGUUUUGAGUUUGUGGAAGAAAAUGUAUGUACUGUUGGUGAACUUCCCAUAGUUUAUGUAUAAACAAAUGGACAUCAUAUUACAAAGGCAAGUUAUGGCCUAUGCUUGUGUCUGAAGGUCAUAUCCAAGGUAAUUCUCUGUAUGUACUGCUGGUGAAGACUAAUUAGCAAUGUAAUUAGCAUCUGAGUCAGUGCUAUUCAGUAGCAUUAACGAUAACAACUGUUUGAUUGUUUAAUGCAUUUCUAUCCCUGUCAUCAAUUUCCCCAAUAGCCUGGUUAACAUAAAAUGGAAAUUGUUAUUGUCAGAAAACUAUUGCAAAGGCAAAUUAUCAAUGAUUUCUUAUUGAUUAGCAUUUCAUGGCCUGGAAGCUAUAGUGUAGAAUUGAUCGGUUGCUAUAGUGUAACAUUGACUUGCUGCCUGUGUUGUGUCCGCUCACAGCUCAGUUCACUGCAGCGGUACCGACUCAACCUCGUUAGUUUGUCCUGGGAAACAUGAACAGUUGGAUUAUUCAAGCAGGAAUUUGAUCUUCAAAUAAGAGCUGCAUGUCCAGUCCAGCGGCGAUGAAGAGAGAAGGGAGCGCCCUCGGCUCUCCCCAGAGCCUGGACCUGCUCGGCACAUCCAAGGUGAUAGAGCGAACUCAGAAGGUCACAGAGAAGGUGUCAAAGAUCCUCUCUCUGGAAACUGACGUGUUGCCAAAAUACAAGCUCCAACUCCCCGAGACGACAUGGUGGAUUCUGCUGCACUACAGCCCGUUCAAAGCCUUCUGGGACUGGAUCAUUCUGUUCCUGGUCCUGUACACGGCCGUCUUCACUCCGUACUCGGCGGCGUUCCUUCUGGACGAGCACGGAGACAGGGAGUGCGGCUACACUUGCGACCCUUUGAACGUGGUAGACUUCAUGGUGGACGUUCUGUUCGUCGUGGACAUCGUCAUCAACUUCCGCACCAGCUACGUGAACCACAACGACGAGGUGAUCACCGUACCGUGCAGGGUCGCCAAGCAUUACAUCACCGGAUGGUUCGCCAUCGACCUUUUCGCCGCCCUCCCCUUUGACCUGCUUAUCUUCCGCUCUCGCUCCGAUGAGAUGGCCACCUUUAUUGGCCUACUGAAAACAGCACGGCUGCUUCGACUGGUCCGAGUGGCCAGGAAGCUAGACCGCUAUUCUGAAUACGGAGCAGCCGUCCUAUUUCUACUCAUGUGCACCUUUGCACUCAUCGCACACUGGCUGGCAUGUCUCUGGUACGCCAUCGGGUUUUUGGAAAGGCCGUACACAGAGACCGGCUGGCUGGACAACUUGGCACAGCAGCUGGGCAAGAAGUACAACGACAGCGACCCCCGGUCGGGACCCUCCAUCAAAGAUAAAUAUGUGACGGCUCUGUACUUCACCUUCAGCAGCCUGACCAGCGUGGGCUUCGGGAACGUCUCCCCCAACACCAACUCUGAGAAGAUCUUCUCCAUCUGUGUCAUGGUCAUUGGCUCUCUCAUGUAUGCCAGUAUAUUUGGCAAUGUGUCGGCGAUCAUCCAGCGGCUGUACUCCGGCACCACCCGCUACCACACCCAGAUGCUCCGGGUUAAAGACUUCAUCCGCUUCCACCAGAUCCCCGGGGGGCUCCGCCUGCGGCUGGAGGAGUACUUUCAACACGCGUGGUCGUACACCAACGGCAUCGACAUGAACGCAGUUUUGAAGGGGUUUCCUGAGUGCCUGCAGGCGGAUAUCUGUCUGCACUUGAACCGAUCACUGCUGCAGAACUGCAAGGCCUUCCAUGGGGGCAGUGAGGCCUGCCUUCGGGCCUUAGCCACGAGGUUCAAAACGCUCCACGCUCCCCCGGGAGACGUCCUGAUCCACUACGGAGACGUCUUGGACUCCCUGUUCUUCAUCUCCCGCGGCUCCAUCCAGGUGCUGCGGGACGACGUGGUGAUCGCCAUACUCGAGAAGAACGACAUCUUCGGGGAGCCCAUUCAUCUGCACGACGAGCCGGGGAAGUCGAGCUCCGACGUAAGCGCAAUCACCUACUGUGACCUCCACUCCAUACCCAGGGAGGACCUGCUGGAGGUCCUGGAUAUCUACCCGGACUUCGCCAACGCCUUCUGGACCAACCUGGAGAUCACGCUGGACCUGAGAUGUAUUGCCCGAGGACAGCUUCUAGAAGAUAGUGGUGAUGAAUGGGAGCAUCAACACCAGCCCAGACAGAGAGGAUACUCAUUAGACUGCAGAAUCCGACCAGAUGGAAUCGACCAUGACGACUCAUUUCCGCUCCAUUCGAUCGGUCAGCGUCACUCUGCUCCACAACCACGCUGCGGCUCCCCGCUCACCCGUUCCACUGAGGACCUGAGAGAGGCCCUCACGCUUGGCACCAAGUUGCAGCCUUCAGAAAAAAUCAGGUCGGACUGGGCUCCUUCUGCGGACAGACUGCUGCCCCCGGGAAGCACCCCCGUAGCGGCGGAGCGGACUCUGGACAUAGCUUCGUCCGUGAACAGGCCUGGGAUGUUCCACUUCUGGCCCGACAGACUGUCGCUGCAGGUCAGCAGCCGGCCUCUGCCCUCUUGCGACCCUGACCCUCACCCUCACCCUCACCCUAACACUGCGGGGGACACAGAGCUGGGCCCCAGACUGGAAGUACUGCAAUCUCAACUCAACAGGCUUGAGACCCGCGUGGCGGCGGACAUCACCGUGAUCCUCCAGAUCCUGCAGGUGCCCGCGGAGCCGCCCGUCCCCCCCGCCUACAGCAUCGUGUCCUCCAAGGGCUCCCCCCUCCCCUCAGGGGCCUCCACUAGGCUCCGUCACCCCUCUACUGGGGCCCCUAGCCCCUCUCCUCUGGUCCCCGACCCGUCUACUGGGGUCUUCUCUACUGGGGCCCCUAGCCCCUCUCCUCUGGUCCCCGACCCGUCUACUGGGGUCUUCUCUACUGGGGCCCCUAGCUCCUCUCCUCUGGUACCCGACCCGUCUACUGGGGUCUUCUCUACUGGGGCCCCUAGCCCCAACACUGCCCCACCCAGCCCCUCGGAGCCCCAUACCGGGGUCCCUACCCCGUCUGGUGGGGCCCCUAGCUCCUCUUCUGGGAUCUCUAGUCCCUCUCCUGGGGUACCUAUCCUCUCUCCUAAGGAGCCUUACCCCUUUACGGGCUUCCCUAGCCCCGUUACGGGGCUCCGUAACCUCUCUCCUGUUGCCCCUGGCCCCUCUCCUGUUGCCCCUGGCCCCUCUCCUGUUGCCCCUGGCCCCUCUCCUGUUGCCCCUGGCUCCUCUCCUGUUGCCCCUGGCCCCUCUCCUGUUGCCCCUAGCCCCUCUCCUGUUGCCCCUAGCACCUCUACUGGGGUCUCUCGCCCCUCAUCGAGCCCCCACCGCACCUCUACUGGACCCCCCUAGCCCCUCGUCCCUCGUCGAGCCCCCCCAGCCCCUGUACUGUGGUCCCUAGCCCCUCAAGUAGGUUUCCUAACCCCUUCGUCCAGUCACAUGGUUGACCCAUGGUUACAUACCAUGUGCACCAUCUCUCCUGUACUUGCUGAACGGCCACCCAGGUAAUACGACUACUGGUACUGCAUCCUACAGCACAAUACAUGGCCUUCUCAUAGGAGGAAUACUAACACAGUCCCUAGUCUCCAUUGGUCAUCAUCAGCAGGUUUUAUAUGAGUCAAUUAACAAUCAAUUUGUACUUAACAUGGAAAAGAGGACUCUAUGAUUUGAUCUGUAUUCCAGCUCUGCCAAGAACCAAAUCCCCACAAAAAGCAUAAAACAAAUCUCAGAGAACCCAGGGAACCAACCUUAGAACCAUCCCAACCAACCAACAGACCAACCAUCGAGGGAACCAUCCCACCCAACCAACCAACAGACCAACCAUCGAGGGAACCAUCCCACCCAACCAACCAACAGACCAACCAUCGAGGAAACCAUCCCACCCAACCAACAGACCAACCAUCGAGGGAACCAUCCCACCCAACCAACCAACAGACCAACCAUCGAGGGAACCAUCCCACCCAACCAACCAACAGACCAACCAUCGAGGGAACCAUCCCACCCAACCAACAGACCAACCAUCGAGGGAACCAACCAUAGAAGAAACCACCAACCCAACCAACCAGCCAGCCAGGGAACCAACCAGCCAGGGAACCGGAACUGACCUCUGGAGGUCCAGAAACAACGGUCUGACCCGUCUUCACCUCAACGUUAGAGGAAAGGGAUGAGUGCUGAUGAGUUGAUCAAGUUAAUAAAUGUAAACUUGAAUGCACUCAUGUUGGUUUGUCUUGGCUCUAGCGUCGUUGUUCUAAAUAAAGUAA